AUGUCGCGAUCGAUCAAGAAAGGGCCGUUCGUCUCGCCGGGCCUGUUCAAGCGGGUGAUUGAGGCGUCCAAGUCGUCGGGCAAGGAGAUGGUGAAGACCUAUUCGCGGUGUUCGACCAUCAUUCCCCAAAUGGUCGGCAUGAACAUCUCGGUUUACAACGGAAAGAACUGGAUCCCGGUCUACAUCACGGAGAACUUGGUGGGCCACAAGCUCGGGGAGUUCGCUCCGACCCGGGUGUUCCGGGGGCACGCCGGAUCGGACCGCAAGGCGGUGCGUCGCUGA